ACCCACCAAUCAAGGUCUGCUUCCUGACCUCUGGAUCCCACACCUUUCACGCUCCUUGUACCAUCAUCUUCUUCCCAUUAUCCGCUCACGUAUCCAGGUAGGCUCAGCAGGUGCUAGGGCACUACCAUCCACGGCCUUUAUACCGCGGCCCAGAUCAAAAGACGAUGCCAACGAAUUCAGCCGACACGAGACCCGAAGCUACUCAUACACCAGGCGCAUCCGCUUCGUCGUCGCGUCAAGACACGAACAGCCUCCCCAACAGACCACCUCCCAUCGAUCUUACUCGUCUGCCACCAUCUUCGGGGCAGACUUCUGGCCAAUUAGCCACCAGUAGCAGCGCUAAAAGCUUUCCUCCUCGUCAAGCCGUUCCGACGUACCCCCGCUGGGCGCACAAGUCCGACUCUCCUCGCCUAGCCAGGACCAUCCACGACUUUGCCCUCUUCCUCUCUUCCCUCCCACUCCCUGUACAUCGCUGGACCCCAAGGAUUGCUGCUAGAGUAGUGGCUACCGUCUUGGCGAAGAAUAACCUCAUGGCUACCAAUCUUGCAUUUGACAUUGCUCUCCUGUUCUGGAGGCUGAUCAUUAACAUCUUCUUUAGGAGCAUACAGCCCAGAGGAGCAUGGAGGAUCCCAACUGAUGGUCCCGUCAUUUUCGUGGGCGCGCCCCACCACAACCAGUUUCUUGAUCCGAUCCUACUAGCAUCGGAAGUGAGAAGAGGGUCAGGCAGACGAGUGGCCUUCCUCAUUGCUGAGAAGUCGAUCAGGAGACGAUUCAUCGGAAGUGCAGCCAGAAUUAUGCAGAGUAUUCCCGUAGCUCGCGCAGCGGACGGAGCCAAAGCAGGCAAGGGGACCAUCUCCGUCCACCCAUCUGGCGAUGGCCUGCUCAUCAAGGGACACGAUACCGCCUUCAAAUCUCAGCUGGUACCCAAGGGUCAGAUCAUGCUGCCCAAGUGGACUGGCUACGCCUCAAAUGAAGUGGUAGAGGUCAUCUCGGAUACGGAAUUGAAGGUCAAGAAGGAGUGGAAGGACGAGCGGGCAAAGGAUGCCCUGAACGGGAAGAAGCCGCCUCCCGGCAAGAAAGAGGGAGGCAGCGCGCCCAGCAGUGGAACCGCUACGCCUAGGACGGAUGACCGACCUGGAACCGAGUACCAGUGCUUGCCUUAUGUCGAUCAGACGGAGAUGUAUGCUAGUGUCUAUGAGAAGUUGGCUGAAGGAGGUUGCCUUGGUAUCUUCCCCGAAGGUGGUUCGCAUGAUCGUACAGACCUGCUUCCUCUCAAGGCAGGCGUGGUGAUCAUGGCUUUGGGAGCUAUGUCUGCCAACCCCGGCCUUCGAGUCCGAAUCGUGCCAGUAGGUCUUUCAUAUUUCCACCCAGACAAGUUCCGCUCGAGGGCAGUAGUGGAAUUUGGAGCUCCUUUGGAGGUCCCUUCGGACCUUGUCAAGCUGUUCGAGGGCGGUGGAGAUGGAAAGAGGAAGGCUGUGGGUGACAUGAUGGACAUGGUCUUUGAUGGUCUAAAGUCAGUCACUGUCCGAGCGCCAGACUACGAGACUCUCAUGCUCAUCCAGGCCGCAAGGAGACUGUAUACACCGCCUGGGCAGCAUCUGACUCUUCCUCAAGUAGUCGAGUUGAAUCGGCGAUUCAUCAUUGGGUACCUCAAAUUCAAGGACGAAGCAAGAAUUCAAAAGCUCAAAGCCGACGUCUUGCGCUACAACAAGAUGCUUGGAUGGGCAGGGUUGAAGGAUCAUCAGGUCGAGAGGGCUCACAGAGCAGGAUGGAGGUCUCUUGGGCUGUUCGGCUACCGCUCAGGUCUGCUGCUGAUGUGGGGAGGACUAGCACUACCGGGAGUCAUCCUCAACUCUCCAAUAAUCAUCUUGGCCAAGGUCAUCUCGAGAAUAAAGGCCAGGGAAGCCUUGGCGGCCAGUCAAGUCAAGCUCAAGGGUCGAGACGUUGUCGGUACCUGGAAAGUCCUCGUCUCCCUGGGUGUUGCUCCCGUCCUCUACCUCACCUACGCUAUCGCUGCGACGUACAUCUCUCGUCGUGUCUGGCCGGAAAUGACGUCCCGGCAGCUUGCAAUGACUCCUCUGUACACUGCCAUUCUUCUACCCACGAUGUCCUACUCCACUCUCAAAAUCAGUGAGACGGCCGUGGAUAUCAUCAAGUCGCUUCCUCCCCUCUUCGUCUCUUUGCUGCCCGGCAACCAGAAGGUCAUCAACGAGCUGAGGGAGACUCGCAAGUCACUCACAGAGGAGAUGCAAUCCCUGAUCGAUGAGUUUGCACCACAAGUCUGGGAAGACUUCGAGACGGCCAAGUGGCGAGUCCUUACUCCUUCGAGCGCUACAGCUCCACCUUCGACUCCGGACGGACGACAAGAGGCUCUGAUCUGGAAGGCGAAGGACGCCAAGCAAAGAGGCACUGAGUCGCAGGCCUUGACACAUCCGCUCGCUUGGGCAGACGAGAGGCUGUUUGGCUGGAAGGCCAAGGGUGGCGCUGGCAGCGCUACAGGUGCAGAUGGCAAAAAGAGGCGUCUGAGCAGUACUCAACGCGAACAACCGCUCACGGCUGCCGAGUUCAGUGGAGAGCAUCCCACCAUGGAAGGGGCAGAGCGGAGACAGGAUCAGUCCGGCGAAGACGAUGCAGAGACGUUUGACAGCGAUGAGUUCUCCGACAGCGGGGACGAGGAAGAGGAAGACGAGGGAGACUACGAGGCCAUCUUCUCCUUCCUCAAUCCAGCAAGGUUGCUUUCCUCCAGAGACGGACCUCUUUCGCCUACCGUUCCCAGAACCAGGUCAAGGCGCACGUCUAGCGCAGCUCACUCGCGGUCUCGCUCUGGCUCUGGCUCCUCGACCUUGCCCCUGGGCCCUGGUGGAGGCGAAUCCUUUGCCUCGAAACGCAACCGUUCCUCUCAGCAAGACCUCUAUAAGCUAGGCAUGACCGCUACCGGCGGCGAAUCCUCAGCGCAGGCGAGCGGCAAUGCAGCUACUUCCCCUUCCUCCUCAUCGGGGGCCAUGAGACGGCGUCGGACUCACUCCCUCACCGAGUCUGUCACGGCUCAAGAACUCGCAGGGGCUGCUCGCUCCGAGACGCAGCAGAGAGUGCCCUUCCAAGCUGCCAGCGAGGCACUCGAGGCGCAAAAGUCCGACGAGCGCGUAGGAGGAGGAGGGGGAGAUGAGAGGAGCAGAGGCGAGCAGGUCGUCUCCUCUGGUAAAGUUGGAGGGAAGGAAGACGGAGUUGGUGCUGGUGGUGGUGGGGAGGAUGAUGCGCCUGGUUCGAGGCCGAAGUUGAGCAGUAUUCCCAAAGCUAGCAGGACGCCGGGGGGAAGUCAAGAUACGAGUGACGAUGCGAGCGGAGGAAAAGGGGACUGACCGCACGAAUGGUCACCGCUCACCGCAGGGACGAACAGGUGCGCUGCGUCCCUCCUCUUGUCUUCUAUACGAAUCUAUCUUUCAUUGCAGCUAUGAGUACACUUCUUGUCUGCGCCUGCUUCUACCUUUCCCUUAGCCUUGGAAGACGAG